AUGCCCAAGAACAAGGGAAAGGGUGGUAAAAAUAGGCGUCGUGGAAAGAACGAGAACGACAAUGAAAAGCGAGAAUUGACCUUCAAAGAGGAAGGACAAGAAUAUGCACAGGUCCUGAAAAUGCUGGGCAACGGUCGACUGGAGGCGCUCUGCUUCGAUGGCGAGAAGCGUCUGGCACACAUCCGAGGCAAGCUGCGGAAGAAGGUCUGGAUCAACCAGGGCGACAUCAUCCUGCUCUCACUGCGCGACUACCAAGAUGAAAAAGGCGAUGUCAUUCUGAAAUAUUCCGCCGACGAGGCCCGUUCACUCAAGGCUUACGGCGAACUUCCCGAGAGUGCCAAAAUCAACGAGACCGACACCUACGGCCACGAAGGCGUCGAUGACAACGUUGAAUUCGACGAGGAUCGGGACACCGAUUCGGAGAAGGAAGUGGACAUUGACGACAUUUAA